ACACAGAUCUUGCAGCCGGGAGCGGCGCGGCAGCGGCUGAGAUCACGUGGUGCGCCGGGAAGCCACCCCGCCUCUCCGAGGCCUCCCCGCCCCGCCCCGCCACGCCCCUUUCCCGGCGGGACGCUCUGAGCCGCGCCGAGCUGCGCAGGGCGGCCGGGGGAGUCAUACUCCAUGGGUUUAUGUGAUAAAUGAUCUUGGCAUAGAAGAGAAUUUAAAGAAUGAUGGCUUCAUUCCAGCGCUCCAAUAGUCAUGACAAAGUAAGGAGAAUAGUUGCAGAGGAGGGUCGUACAGCAAGAAACCUAAUAGCUUGGAGUGUUCCACUAGAAAGCAAAGAUGAUGAUGGAAAACCUAAAUGUCAAACUGGUGGAAAAUCUAAGAGGACGAUUCAAGGCACUCAUAAAACUACUAAACAGAGUACUGCAGUGGACUGUAAAAUAACAUCAUCUACGACUGGAGAUAAACACUUUGAUAAAAGUCCCACUAAAACAAGGCACCCUCGGAAAAUUGAUCUAAGAGCUCGAUACUGGGCAUUUCUUUUUGACAAUCUUCGCCGAGCAGUAGAUGAAAUCUAUGUAACUUGUGAAUCAGAUCAGAGUGUGGUCGAAUGUAAGGAGGUGCUAAUGAUGCUGGAUAACUAUGUAAGAGAUUUCAAAGCAUUGAUUGACUGGAUUCAGCUUCAGGAAAAGCUAGAAAAGACAGAUGCUCAAAGCAGACCAACAUCAUUGGCAUGGGAAGUAAAGAAGAUGUCUCCGGGACGCCAUGUGAUUCCAAGUCCAUCAACAGAUAGAAUAAAUGUAACAUCAAAUGCUCGACGAAGCUUAAAUUUUGGAGGUUCAACUGGCACAGUGCCAGCUCCUCGUCUGGCUCCCACAGGUGUCAGUUGGGCUGACAAGGUAAAGGCUCAUCAUACAGGCUCUACUGCUUCUUCGGAAAUAACACCCGCCCAGUCUUGCCCACCAAUGACAGUGCAGAAGGCCUCACGCAAAAAUGAACGGAAAGAUGCUGAAGGAUGGGAGACUGUUCAGAGAGGAAGGCCUAUUCGUUCUCGAUCAACAGCAGUGAUGCCAAAAGUUUCAUUGGCAACAGAAGCUACAAGAUCAAAGGACGACAGUGAUAAAGAAAAUGUAUGUCUUUUACCUGAUGAAAGCAUACAGAAAAGUGAAUUUGUUGGAGAUGGAUCUUCUAAUACUGUAGAAUCUCAUCCCAAAGACUCAUUACACUCUUGUGACCAUCCUCUUGCCGAAAAAACCCAGUUCACAGUGAGUACGUUGGAUGAUGUGAAGAAUUCUGGCAGUAUUCAAGACAAUUAUGUUCGAACUUCUGAAAUAUCUGCUGUCCACAUUGAUACAGAGUGUGUUUCAGUUAUGCUGCAAGCUGGUACACCUCCUUUACAAGUAAAUGAAGAAAAAUUUCCAGCAGAGAAAGCAAGGAUAGAAAAUGAAAUGGACCCUUCAGAUAUUUCAAAUGUGAGUGCUGCUAACUUGUCCAUGGCAGAAGUCCUUGCUAAAAAAGAAGAGCUAGCAGAUCGUCUAGAAAAGGCCAAUGAAGAAGCCAUUGCCAGUGCUAUUGCUGAAGAAGAACAGUUAACUAGAGAAAUUGAAGCUGAAGAAAACAAUGAUAUUAACAUUGAAACUGACAAUGACAGUGAUUUUUCUGCCAGCAUGGGCAGUGGGAGUGUAUCUUUCUGUGGUAUGUCCAUGGACUGGAACGAUGUCCUUGCAGAUUAUGAAGCUCGUGAGUCUUGGCGCCAAAAUACAUCCUGGGGGGACAUUGUAGAAGAAGAACCUGCUAGACCUCCAGGGCAUGGAAUUCACAUGCAUGAAAAACUUUCUUCACCCUCUCGCAAAAGAACAAUUGCAGAAUCUAAGAAGAAACAUGAAGAAAAACAAAUGAAAGCACAGCAGCUAAGGGAAAAGUUACGCGAAGAGAAAACAUUGAAGCUUCAGAAAUUGUUAGAAAGGGAGAAGGAUGUCCGGAAGUGGAAGGAAGAAUUACUAGAUCAACGACGCAGGAUGAUGGAAGAAAAAUUACUUCAUGCUGAGUUUAAGCGAGAAGUGCAAUUACAAGCAAUUGUGAAAAAAGCCCAAGAAGAAGAAGCUAAGGUGAAUGAAAUUGCCUUUAUAAAUACCCUUGAAGCCCAGAAUAAACGUCAUGAUGUUUUAUCAAAAUUGAAGGAAUAUGAACAAAGGCUUAAUGAGCUACAGGAAGAGCGUCAGAGAAGACAGGAAGAAAAGCAAGCACGUGAUGAAGCUGUGCAGGAACGCAAGAGAGCUCUAGAGGCAGAACGGCAGGCCCGUGUAGAAGAAUUGUUAAUGAAGAGGAAAGAACAAGAAGCCCGAAUUGAACAACAGAGGCAAGAAAAGGAAAAAGCCCGUGAGGAUGCAGCCCGGGAAAGAGCUAGAGACAGGGAAGAACGAUUGGCAGCACUCACAGCUGCUCAACAAGAAGCUAUGGAAGAGUUACAGAAAAAAAUUCAGCUCAAGCAUGAUGAAAGUAUUCGAAGGCACAUGGAACAGAUUGAGCAAAGAAAAGAAAAAGCUGCUGAGCUAAGCAGUGGGCGACAUGCAAAUACUGAUUAUGCCCCCAAACUGACCCCUUAUGAAAGAAAGAAGCAGUGUACUCUCUGCAAUGUCCUGAUCUCUUCAGAGGUAUAUCUUUUUAGCCAUGUUAAAGGGAGAAAACACCAGCAAGCCGUGAGAGAGAAUACCAGCAUCCAGGGGCGUGAACUUUCAGAUGAAGAAGUGGAGCAUCUUUCCUUGAAGAAGUAUAUUAUUGACAUUGUGGUCGAAAGUACAGCUCCAGCAGAAUCUUUGAAAGAUGGAGAAGAGCGGCAAAAAAAUAAAAAAAAAGCCAAAAAGAUAAAAGCCCGGAUGAACUUCAGGGCUAAGGAAUAUGAGAGUUUAAUGGAAACCAAAAAUUCUGGCUCUGAUUCACCUUAUAAAGCAAAGCUUCAGCGAUUAGCCAAAGAUCUUCUAAAACAACUACAAGUUCAAGACAGUGGUUCAUGGGCAAACAAUAAAGUGUCUGCUUUGGAUCGGACCCUAGGAGAGAUCACUAGAAUACUGGAAAAAGAGGUAUUUACCAUUCCUGCUCUGUACCAGGACUGGGGCUGCAAAGAUGAGUCAGAUGCCACUCUUGAGGAGUUUGCAGACAAGAAAGAAUGGGGCCAUGAGAAUGUGGCAGAUCAGAUUGCAUUUCAAGCUGCUGGUGGAUUAACAGCCCUUGAACACAUCCUUCAAGUAGUAGUCCCAGCCACAAAUGUGAACACAGUUUUAAGAAUUCCUCCUAAGUCUCUCUGCAAUGCAAUCAAUGUUUACAACCUCACCUGCAAUAACUGUUCAGAAAACUGCACUGAUGUUCUGUUUAGUAACAAGAUUACCUUCUUAAUGGACCUCCUGAUACACCAGUUGACGGUUUAUGUUCCAGAUGAAAAUAAUACUAUUUUGGGAAAAAGUACAAAUAAACAAGUUUUUGAAGGCUUGACAACUGGACUUCUCAAAGUCAGUGCUGUGGUUUUGGGCUGCCUGAUUGCCAAUCGACCAGAUGGAAACUGCCAGCCAGCUACCCCAAAAAUACCAACACAGGAAAUGAAAAACAAACCCUCACAAGGUGAUCCUUUUAACAAUCGAGUUCAGGACCUUAUCAGCUACGUGGUGAACAUGGGUCUGAUUGACAAAUUGUGUGCCUGCUUCCUCUCGGUGCAAGGCCCAGUGGAUGAGAAUCCCAAGAUGGCCGUAUUUCUGCAGCAUGCCGCAGGCCUCUUACGUGCAAUGUGCACACUGUGCUUUGCUGUCACUGGAAGGUCAUACAGCAUAUUUGACAAUAAUCGCCAGGAUCCCACAGGGCUGACAGCUGCUCUUCAGGCAACCGACCUGGCUGGAGUUCUUCAUAUGCUCUACUGCGUCCUCUUCCAUGGCACCAUCUUGGACCCCAGCACUGCCAGUCCCAAGGAGAAUUACACUCAAAAUACCAUCCAAGUGGCCAUUCAGAGUUUACGUUUCUUCAACAGCUUUGCAGCUCUUCAUCUGCCUGCUUUUCAGUCUAUUGUAGGGGCAGAGGGCUUGUCCCUUGCAUUCCGGCACAUGGCCAGCUCCCUGCUGGGCCACUGCAGCCAAGUCUCCUGUGAAAGCCUCCUUCAUGAGGUCAUCGUCUGUGUGGGCUACUUCACUGUCAACCACCCAGAUAAUCAGGUGAUCGUGCAGUCCGGCCGCCACCCCACAGUGCUGCAGAAGCUCUGCCAGUUGCCCUUCCAGUAUUUCAGUGACCCACGGCUGAUCAAAGUACUGUUCCCUUCACUUAUCGCUGCUUGUUACAACAACCAUCAGAACAAGAUCAUUCUGGAGCAAGAGAUGAGCUGUGUUUUACUGGCCACUUUCAUUCAGGAUUUGGCACAGACUCCAGGUCAAGCAGAAAACCAGCCUUACCAACCCAAAGGGAAAUGCCUUGGUUCCCAAGACUAUCUUGAGCUGGCUAACAGAUUUCCUCAGCAGGCCUGGGAAGAAGCUCGACAGUUUUUCUUGAAAAAAGAGAAAAAAUAAAUGUUUUGGUUGAUUCUGUAUUUGAGUACCCUUGUUAAUAUUUUAAAUUGUUCAAACAAACAUUCUAAUUGUUCCUUAAGAACUCAUUUUCACAUGUUUAUACUCUCCCCACACUGUAGAUAUGGCAUGUACUUUACACUAUUUAUAAUGACUGUAGAUACUUUAAUGUUCUACUUGCUAAUUUUGGAAGUUGAGUUUAUUUCAUUUAUGCAGAAUAUCUUGGAGUUUGGUAACUUCCAUCUUAUGAUAAUAUAUACUUUGCAUUUGUAAUAUGGGUGAAAGUAGACAUAAAAUUAGCAAGUCUGUUUUGUUCUUGUAAUAAAAUAACUUAUUCUGUUUUCAUUGUUGACUUUUCAUGUUAAGGAAAUACGAAUCUGAAAGAAAAAUGUUAACUCCAGCUCUUGAAUUAUCUUAAAUAAAGACUUAAUUAAAGUUUA